AUGGGGGCAAAGAGCCUCAGCCUCGGCGUCCUGAGCCUUGGCGUCCUGCUCCUGGCCGCCGCCUCGGGGGCUGCGGAGCCGCCGCCGAGCUGCGAGGGCGUCCGGAAAGUUUUCCGGCUGCGGCAGCUCGGCCCCCUCAGAGGCAUCCCGGAGUCCCCGCGGGCAGGGGUUGAUCUCCAGGUUUGCACUUCUAAAAAUCCAACAUGUUGUACCAAAAAGAUGGAAGAAAGAUAUCAGACUGCAGCAAAGCAAGAUAUACAGCAAGUGCUUCAAACAUCAAGCGCUACGUUAAAAUUUUUAAUAUCUCAUAAUGCAGCUGCUUUUCAAGAAACCUUUGAAUCGCUUAUCAGACUGGCUGAGAAUUACACAAGUACACUUUUCUGCAAUGCAUAUAGAAACAUGGCUGCUGAGGCUACUACACAUGUCCAGGAGUUUUUCACUGAUGUUGGACUCUUUGUAUUUGGCACAGACAUUAGCACAGAGGAAUUUGUCAACAGAUUUUUUGACACCCUGUUCCCAGUAGUCUACAACCAUGUGAUUAACCCUGGCCUGACUGACAUUUCACUGGAAUAUGCAGAGUGCCUCCGAAUGGCGAGAAGAGACAUCAGGCCCUUUGGUGAUGUUCCCAAACAGGCCGUAGGACAAAUGGGGAGAUCACUGUUACCCAGCCGGGCUUUCUUGCAGGCUCUGAAUUUGGGGAUUGAAGUGAUCAAUACAACAGAUCAUCUGCAUUUCUCUAAAGACUGCAGCAGAGCUUUGCUGAGAAUGCAGUACUGCCCCCAUUGCCAAGGGCUGACUUUAAGUAAGCCCUGUAUGGGCUACUGCCUCAAUGUCAUCCGAGGCUGCUUAGCUAACAUGGCAGAAGUUGAUCUUCACUGGCGGGGAUACAUUCAGUCCCUGGAGGAGCUCUCGAGCGCUAUGAGUGGAACUUACGACAUUGAGCACGUGCUUCUAAACUUCCAUUCACUUGUUAAUGAUGCUCUUGUACAGGCUCAUAUCAAUGGACCAGAAUUAUCUCAGCAGGUGAACAAGGUUUGUGGUCCCCCUGUAAGGAAGCCUACACAGUCUCCAGGUUGCUCCUUUGAUCAGAACAAAGAUAAUCAAGGGUUGAAGACAUUCUCAAGAGACAGUGAAGAAACCCUUGCCAACAGAAGAAAAGAGUUUAUCAGCCACCUCCGGCUCUACAGAGCCUUUUACGGCGGCCUGGCUGAUCAGCUGUGCGGUAAUGAGUUGGCAGCUGCCGAUGGACUUCCAUGUUGGAACGGAGAAGAUAUUGUAAGAAGCUAUACUCAUCGUGUGGUUGGCAGUGGAAUCAAAGCUCAGUCUGCAAAUCCAGAAGUAAAAGUGAAAGGAACAGAUCCUGUAAUAAGUCAAAUUAUUGACAAGCUGAAACAUGUUAUUCAGCUGUUGCAGGGCAAAUCACUUCCUAAAUACGAUAAAUGGGAUCACCGACAAACGGGCAGCGGUGGAGGUGUAGAUGAACAAAUCAGUGGAGACUGUGAUGAUGAAGAUGGUUGCGGAGGAUCAGGAAGUGGAGAAGUCAAAAAAGUCCUGAAAAUUACAGACUGGAUGCCAGACAAGACGAACCUCAGUGACGUAAAUCAAAUCCAUCAAACCAGCGCUGGCAGCACUUUAGACACAACUGGAGCAGGAUGUACAACAAUGGCUGAUUAUGUGACAUUUAUGCUGAUUAGUUUGGUAACACUACUUCUCAGUCUUUGGUAA